CCGGGUCGCAUUAAACUCCGCGGUAACACGUGUGUUACAACAGGGCGAAGAACUUAUUAGCAUAUUCUUUAUUUUCUCGUUACAAACACCGAUUGUAAACCGCGGAGCACGAUGACGAAACCAAAGUUUAAGGGAAAAAGUUCUAUAAAUCCAUCAAAUUCCAGCAGUAACCCGGAUCGUGUUAAGGGCACUGGAGGAAACAACAUGAGGGACCGUGCCACUAUCAAACGUCUGAAUAUGUACAGACAGAAGCAGAGAUGUAACAAUCGGGGUAAGGUCAUUAAGCCUUUGCAGUUUCAGUCUACUGUUGCACCUGGGACUGUGGCUAGAGUUGAGCCCAACAUCAAGUGGUUUGCCAAUACACGGGUCAUCAAGCAGUCAUCACUACAGAAGUUUCAGGAGGAGAUGGAUGCAGUAAAGAAAGAUCCAUACAGAGUGGUGAUGAGGCAAAGCAAGCUUCCCAUGUCUCUGCUGCAUGACCGAAACAAAGCACAUAACUCCAAGGUACACAUUUUGGACACAGAAACUUUUGAGACCACAUUUGGACCUAAGGCUCAAAGGAAGAGGCCUAAUCUGGCGGUGGGGGAACUGAAAGAGCUAGCAGAACAGGCUGAAGCUUCUGCUCAGGGUUACAUUGCAGAAAAGGACCGCGACCUUGUGACUGAAGACAGUGGGGUCAGAGAUGAAGUUCGUGAGGAAAUCUUUAAAAAGGGCCAGUCAAAAAGAAUCUGGGGAGAACUUUAUAAGGUGAUCGACUCUUCAGAUGUCAUCAUCCAGGUGCUGGACGCUCGGGACCCUGUGGGCACACGAUCCCAGAACAUUGAGACCUACCUGAAAAAGGAAAAACCCUGGAAACACCUUAUCUUUGUGCUUAACAAAUGUGACCUUGUUCCUACAUGGGUGACAAAACGCUGGGUUGCGGUGCUGUCUCAAGAAUACCCUACAUUGGCUUUUCAUGCCAGCCUUACCAACUCCUUUGGGAAAGGGUCUCUUAUUCAGCUUCUCCGUCAGUUUGGCAAGCUCCACACAGACAAGAAGCAGAUCAGUGUGGGAUUCAUUGGCUAUCCCAAUGUAGGGAAGAGCUCCGUCAUCAACACACUCCGUUCCAAAAAGGUCUGCAAUGUGGCGCCUAUCGCUGGUGAGACCAAGGUAUGGCAGUACAUCACACUCAUGAGACGCAUAUUCCUGAUUGACUGCCCUGGAGUUGUGUACCCCUCUGAGGACAGCGAGAGUGACAUUGUGCUGAAAGGAGUGGUCCAGGUGGAGAAGAUCCGUAACCCAGAGGAUCACAUUGGCGCCGUUUUGGAGAGAGCAAAAGCCGAAUACAUUCAAAAAACCUACCACAUCCCAUCCUGGAGCUCUGCUGAGGAUUUCUUGGAAAAACUGGCUUUUCGCACGGGAAAACUGCUCAAGGGAGGAGAACCUGAUAUGCCCACUGUCUCCAAAAUGGUAUUAAAUGACUGGCAAAGGGGACGAAUCCCCUUUUUUGUCAAACCUCCUGGACCAGACACAGAUGAUGAGGCUACAGCACAGCUGCCAAUGGAGGUGAGUGCAUCAGAUGCAGUUUAUGAAGACAACCCAGAGCAGCAGCAUACCAAGAUAGCUGAAGCCGCGGAGUUUGGUGCACCGCUGCAGCAGAGACCGGAGCACGAACAUGUGCAAAGGAUCGUUGCUGGUGUCAAGCAGAACUUUGGAAAGAUUAAUGUAGCCCCUGAGUUCAGCGAGGAAGAUCUUGUUCCAGUGGAGAUGCCUGAUCUGACAGACUCUUUUGGAUCAGAUGAGGAAGAAGAAGAGGCAAGUGAGGAGGAGGAGGAAGAAGAGGAAGAUAUGGAGGAAAAUGUAAAUGCAGAAGAGGAGCAUGGAGAAGCAGAGGAAAAAAACAAUUUGCAUGUUGCUGGCCAUUCUGAUAGAGCACCGGCCAAGAGUACACGCGAGGUGAACAAAGAGUUGGAUGAGAAGAUAGCCAAAUUGAAACAUUUCCUGGACAGUGCCAAGUCCAAACGUUUCUCCACUAUUAGAAUUCCUAAAGGCCUUUCAGAGAAGGUUUUUGUUUCAGGUGAAACAAGAACAGAACAGAAGAACAUAAAGAAGACACAGAUGAAAGCUGGGGUCAGCAGGAAAAGAGAGGCUUUCGACAACGAGGAGCCAAUGAAGCAGAAUAAGCUCACAUCUAAACAGAAAAGAAGGAUCGAGCGUGCACAGAAGGUAAAGAAGGUUGGAGUCCGUUAUUACGACACGCACAAUGUUAAGAACAAAAAUAAGAACAGAAGCACACGCUCUGAAGGCAAAAAGGGCAAAAGAGCUAAAGAGCGAUAAAACAAUUUUCACAACUGUAUUUCUCUGGACUUGUCUGGAUUGGGACUGGUGAUGUGAAAGAUGGAGAUGUAUGUGAGGAGCAUUUACUCUGAGGAUCUGGAAUUGAAUCAGAACUUCUCAAAUGCACUUAUUUAAUGCACCAUCUGCCCACAUAACAAUGUGUUCCACUACACCAUUUUUCUCUCUAAAUCACAGGACAGUAACUCACUAUUUUUAAUUUAAUAAUCUCCCUGUUCCACUGAAAAUGUCUUUUAUGAGAAAACUCAUCAAUAAAAUGGACUUGGCAGAACAAA